UACUCCGCCCGUUCGGGGGAACCCAAUGGAUUUGACAGAAGCACCACCGCGCGUCACCGUGGCAACGGGAAAUUAGCGGCCUAUUUGAACGGGCUUUGAAUCGGUUUGUGACCAAAGAGACGAACUGAAGCAUAAUUGUGGAAUUACAGUGGCGGUAGGAGUGGGCAGAGAUUGCCACAAUGAGAUUGGACAGAGAGCUCAGAGAUAAAAUCAAGUUUUUGAGGAGGUCGACAUGAUGCCGUUUCUGAACAAACUGAUAUGAAAUCAAGGUUGCAAACUGUUUGAUUAAGCAUCAUAUAGUUCUCAUGCAGAAAGUUGGUGUUGUUCAGUUUGUAAUUGGGACUUAAAAAGUAAUGAUUUCAGUCUUCCGACUAUUGUUUGGAGAAAAUCAAUGCUGAUCAAGAGCAUUGGCCAGAGUUUAUGCUACUUCCUGCUGUUCAUCGACAUCUGAGUGUAACAUUCCAGAAUGCUUCAAGAAGAUAAUUUUGAUAAACUUCUUGCUCAGAAGGAACAGGAAUGGAAGGACCUUCAGAUACAACGUGUCCAGUCACUAGAUACUGCACUUCGAGAUUCACAAAGUAAACUCAAAGAACAGCAAGAAAAGUUUAACAAACUGAAAGAGGACUUUAUGUUUAACCUAAAGGUAUUGGAGGAACGAGAUCAAGAUUUGGAACGAUAUGAUGCUAUAUUUGCUCAACUGAAGGUUACUGAAAGCUGCAAACAGGCAGAGAUCAGUGAUCUGCAAAUUCAGAUUGACAAGAUGCAAGAACUUGUGACUAAGGAAACAAAGGCUCGGGAAGAAGUGCAGUUUCAGUACCAACAUGCACUAAAAGCACAUCAGCUAGAAAUAGAGAAGAUACGCAGUUCAAAAGACUCUAAGAUUGAUGGACAACGUGAAGAGUAUCAGAAACUAAAACAAAAUCUUCAGCGCAGAGUCCAAGAAGUGGAGGGACAACUUGCUUUACAAAAACAGGAAAUGUUGGCAGAGUUUGAUGCUGUGAUGAAAUGUCGAGAGCAUGAGUUUACACUCCGAGCAGAUGAAAUGAGUAAUGCAGUACUUACCAGUGAACUAAAGGUGAAACUUCUUUCAAACGAGAUGCAACUUUUGAAGGAGGCAGAAGCAAAAGUUGCAGAGUCACUUCUUACAGCAGAGAAAACAAACAGUCAACUGGAAAAAGAGCUUCAAAGAAAAGACUGUGAACUGAAAGAUAUAGUCACCUUAAAAGAUGUCAGGUUUAAGGAGCUUAAAAAUAAAGUGCUGGAGAUCUGAACUAAGAAAGAACAGAGUUUUGAAGAAAAACAUUGUGAAUUGGAUCGUUUUGCUCGUGAGAGAGAUACAAAGCUUGCUACUGUAACGGAAUUGCAUUCAGAACAGAUUAGGGAGCUGGAAAACAAAAUACGUGAACUGCAAAUGAGUUUGGAGACAGUUGAAAUGGAGAAACGACGAAUGGAAUGGAGCCAUGCAGAUGCUACAAAGGAGAAAGAGGAUGCCAUUGAGAAGUUACGUGGGGAACUUUCAAUGGUAAAGACUGGCUGGGAUACUCAGAUAGCACAGAUCUCCAAGGAGACUGUUGCUAAGGACAUGCAAAUUAAAAUGUUGCAGGACCAAGAUUCAAAGCUGAGAACUGAAUUAACCAGAUACAAGAAGGAUGUGGAAAAAUAUAAACAACAGCUUGUCCGAGCUGGAGAAAGGGAGCGGGAUCUGGAACGAAUGAAAGUACAGGCCGAGUUGGAUUGGCAACACCGCUGUGAGGAGAUAGAAAGAACUCAGUACGCAAAAUCUGAACAACUUAUUCAAAGUCUGAGCCAAGCCCGGGACCAGGUUUCAGCUGAACUACUAGAGAAAGAACGUAAACUGCAGGAGGUGGAAACUUUUGUCCAAACGUUGACCCUAGAAAGAGAUCAAGCAAUAUCUGCGUUGCCGAAGCAUGGUGUUUUUCCAGAACAGGAUUCACAGAAUGCAAUACCUCAAAAAGGAAAUAUAAAUAACGCAGAAUUCCCUUCAGAUGUUAUUCGGAAGCUCCAGGAGCAGAAUGUGAACCUGCGUACCGUUAUUGCACAAAUGAGGAAAGAGAUGGAGAUGCUGAGUGAGGAAAAUCCUGCCAACCAAAGCCAGAACCAAUCAGUUGAUAAGAUGGGAUCACUCAUGAGCCCCAAAGAACCUUCUAAAGAUAUUAUGACCCCAUGCACUCCAGAGUAUGUUAAAUCUUUGGAAAAUGAGGUUCAUGAACUAAAACAAAAGUGCAGAAAGUUGGAAGGACAACUAGAAGAUAUUUCAAAAACUUCCAAUAAAACCAAUGUUCCCUUUCCAAGCCUCCCUGUCACUGCAGACAUUACCCAUCUUCAGAACCACACUCGUACUUUAAAUGAGACUAUAGCUGGCCUUCGAGCUGAAAAGAUCUCUGCAGCUACUACUACAAAGAAGCAUGAAGCUAGGAUUGUACAUUUGAACUUUCUGGUAGGACAGCUCACACAACAGUUACGUCAGAAGCAGGUUGAAAUCGACCAACUGAGAUAUGAAUUAACCAGCCAACAACAACGAACAAGUGCAGAAAUUGUGAGGCUAAAUGAGCGAAUUUCUGAACUGGAAUUACAGUUGGUAGAAGCACACAGGGAGGCAGAUGAAUACUUUAAGGGGAAUCUUCAACAAAACGCAGAAACUCUGGCUUUAGGAAAUGAGGUUUCAGCUCUGAAGCUGGAUUUGGUGAGUGGCUGUACUCCAUUUGUGGUUGAACAGACUCAACUCUUCAAGGAGCUUCAGGGAGAAAUUCUGCAACUACGACAACAACUGGUACACUCAAAAUUGGUUAACAGUCCCUCAAAGCAGCAAAGUCCUACAGUGUCUGUUUUGCAAGGCAAACUAAAGCAGGCAGCUCGUUACAUCAGUCAGCUAUCCCGUGACAAACAGCAAUUGAUUGAGAUGGGGAACCGACUCCGUGCAGAACUGGUUAGAUCUAAAUUAGAUGAUUUUCAGCCCCCUGUUGCUGUAGGCUAUUCAGAUCCAAUUGCACAGUCUCCCAGAGAGCUAGCACAGGAAGUGCAGAAUCGUCUGUCCACUCUGGAGCACUUACAGUACCAACUCACUACACAGGAGUUGCAAUAUGCACAGCUGCAACACUUGAAACAAGUUCCCGUCACUGUACAGCAGUAUUCAUCAGAGAGUGAAAAUGGCCAGAAUGCCCAGGAUAAGGAAACUGAAACAAAAGAACACACCGGGAAUAUGAAUCCAGCUGUACUGUCAACAGGAAAAUCCAUGAAUGGUAAAACAAAGGAAACCACCAUCUCAGUGACUAGCCAGUCACAUUUUCUUGUACCAGAACCAAGCCAGACACAACCAAUGAUGCAUGGUCCAUCCGCUCAAUCGGAACUAAUAAUGUCAUCCUAUGGAGCAGACAGUUCUAUUCAAGAUAUUUGGCAGGUGCUAGAGGGAGGAUCCAGUCCUUCCAUAUCUACUCCACAGAACAACAGUGAAGCAGAUGAUGAUGGUGUAAGAAAGCUUGCGAAUAAGACAGAGUCGGCACUGUUGACAAAAGACACCAUUUCCACAAAGAAAGCUGGAAUGGAACCAAUAAACACCUUACAAGGACAUAAAGUUAAUGUCCAGAGCAAAGCAAAACCUCACCGCUUUACUGCUCCUAGGACAAAACAGAAACAUUCAUUCAAAACUGCAAAGAUUAGAAAUUACAAUAUCCGUGAUUAAGUACUGUCAUCAGCAAGAAUCUGAAACAAGAGAUCCAAGUGUUGCAAUUGCAAGACAGAAUAUCUUUUUCUCACACUGAACUUCUUAAACUAUUCACUCUGGAGUACCAAAAAACAACUACAGACUUCAGGAAUCUUAGUGGUUUUCUUUCAACAACGGAACAGGAACUUUGUCAAACUUUACCUUCAGCAGUCAAGAAUAUUGUGCCAUUCUUACUACAGUCCAGUAUCUUUUUCUCAAAGGAGUCUUCAUAUCCGUACUCCUGAUAACCAAAACAAUUGUUUUACAUGAAAUGGGAAGUGGGACAAUCAGGUCUUUAAUUGGCUCUGACAGUUCUGUCACCUUUUUGCUGGGUUGUCAAUCUUUUGGUACUAUUCACAGGACUUAUUAAGAUGUUUCAGAGAUAGUAGGAACUGCAGAUGCUGGAGAAUCUGA